AUGACGAAUGCUAUCAAAGCAGUUGAAGAAGAGGGGUUGACAGUUAGACUUGCAGCGGAGCUAUAUGGCAUUCCCAAAUCAACACUUUAUGACAGGAUCAGGGGAAAUGUUCAACAUAGAACUAAACCUGGCCCAGUGCCGUAUCUUACAAAAGAAGAAGAGGUUAUUUUGGCUAAGUUUUUAAUCAAAUGUUCUCAGAUUGGAUUUCCCCGCACAGUUUCAGAAGUUCUUGCACUAGUAAGACAAACAAUUCAGUCAAAGGAUUUAAGUGACGUCUCAAUUUCUUAUGGAUGGUGGCAGAAAUUUUGUAGUAGGCACAGUGAAUUAUCACUUCGUACUGCUGUGCCUUUAAGUCUUUCGAGAGCCAUGGCCACUGAUAAUAGUGUCAUACAAAAGUAUUUUGAUAUACUUGAAGAUACACUUAAAGAAAAUUCUCUAUUCAACAAUCCAACUCGCAUAUUCAACUGUGAUGAAACAGGACUCCCAUUGAAUCCUAAAUCUUUGAAAGUUGUGAGUGGUCGUGGAGCUAAGAAUGUCAGUCAAAUCACUGGAGAAGGGAAGUCUCAAAUCACAGUUCUGGCAUGCACUUGUGCAGCUGGAGUACCGUUGCCUCCAUUUGUAAUAUUUGAUCGUAAGACCUUUAAUGAUCAGCUAAUGGUAGGAGAAAUACCAGGUACACUUUACGGCUCAUCUCCAAAUGGAUGGAUCAGUAGAGAGCUGUUUUUGUACUGGUUUCGUAAGCUGUUUUUAACGAGUGUUCCUAGGGUACGUCCUCUCCUUCUCCUGAUGGAUGGUCAUUCUACUCAUUAUGGUCCUGACCUUAUCAAGAUAGCAGCUGAAGAGCAAAUUUUAAUAUUUGUAUUGCCACCCAAUACCACUCAUUUAACACAGCCACUUGACAAAGGGUGUUUUGGGCCAUUAAAAACUGCUUGGAAGGCUGUGUGUCAUGAGUUCUGCACUAAAAACCCUGGUCGUGUGGUAACCAGAUACGAUUUCUCUGUAUUAUUUGCUGAUGCAUGGAGAAGGUCAAUGACACAGAGAAACAUUGCAAGUGGCUUUGAAGUAACCGGCAUAUGUCCUUUCAACAGAAAUGCUAUUAAAACUGGCAAUGACAAGCAAGAAACCAUCAGCCGUUCACUGUUAGACCAGACUGGUCUAGCAUACAUACCGCUCUAUAGUCCAGACAUAAAGAGAACGAGGGAUCAUGAUUCUUCAUUCAAUUCUAGUCUCUUGGAGAGAUCACUUUCAGAGAAUGAUUUAUCUAUAGAGACAGUUGAACCCACUACAGAUAUUAGUACUGCAGCCAAAGAGAGCAAUAGAACUAAAGAAACAGAGAGAGUUAUAUGUACUGCUAAGGGGAGUAAGGGAAGUGUUAGAACUAAAGAAACAACUGUAAGUCCUGCUAAUGCAACUACUGCUAAGAAAAAAUCAGCUGAUUAUCCUACUGCAAAGAAGAGUGUUCAAAGUGCACAUAGAGUUGAUACAAGAAGGAGUGUCAGAACUAAACGUAAAAUGGAAAGAGUUGGACAAUGUACAGUGAAUAAUGGUAUUGCUAAAGAUGCAGUCCCUUCUACUACUUAUGCUACCAAAAGGAGUGUUAAAUCUAAAGGUAAAGGAUAA